CUGAAAUCCGGCAGUGGUGCUGGAGGAGCACUGGACGAUCAGCACCAGGCGCUAGCCGUUUCUAGGCUUCAUGGAUAUCUAGACGAUGGUGUACGCAUCCCACGUGCGCACCUGGAUCGUGAUGAUGAUGUUUACGACUCGACAUCGCAAUCGUCCAGCGAAUAUACAGUACGCGAAGAGGUUGAACGUCGGGUGAUCACCGAUGUUACCAAGAAGGAAACGAAGAAAACACUAACAACAGCUGAUGUGCAUGGGAGUACCACUGCAGAGUUUCACGUUUAUCCACCGAUCGAAAUUGGAACACGGCAAGGAGGCUCGCUGCUGCUGGAGAAGGACGAGCAGGAGAGGGGGGAAAGCGUUGCGGAAUUCAGUAUUGGCAACACGAGGCGCGAAUGGAGUACCACGGCUAGGGCUUCCGAGUUCAGCACCGAUCGUGAUCUAGAAUCAGUAAUGAGCGACUCGACUGCCGAAGAUGAGGUGUACGAUAAGAAGACACUGGUCAAACGGUCACAUGGAUUUGAACCGAGCACAGACGGUGGCACUGAACGUUACAGGACCGAAGUGACCACAACAACAAAAUCUAAAGGAGUGACCAAGAGCUGAGC